AUGAUACGCAAAUUCAGCAAUCCUCAUUUCCUGGCACCAUCAGAGCAGGCAGUGUCGCGGUUGGAACUACACGAAUCCGAUGACAGCCAAGAGCAACUCCCAGCUGAUGCUCUGACGAAGUUGCAAGAAACGUUGAAGAGACAUAUUGAAGGCGCCCUAGACGUUAACCCAGUCGCUCACGAUGAAGGGAGGAAACGGAAGAAACGAAAAGUAGCACAAGAUUUCUUCUCUGACGCUGAGCACGAAGGGGAGCGGAACGUCGUGUUGUUCCGAUUAUUCUCAACAAAAGCACAACCUGAGCUGGUCUCUUUGGCGCCACUUCCUCCGCCUCCGUCCAUAUACCGGGAGCCAGAGUGCGAGGACUCGCCAGAAAUGGCAAAGAAAAGAGCUCUAUUUUCCGGUCAAGUCGCCAUCGACGCGGAACGGGUGACCGAGCAGGCUACUGUGAGAUAUCUGGAUCCUCUCUCCAGAGGUCCGCUUGAGAGGGUCCAACGUUCCCGUACCUCGACUACUCCGACUCACAGUAUGCUCCUACUCGAGCGACCUUUGUCGACGAACCACAGCCUUAGAUCUUCAACUCGACAGCCGGUCGCGACGCAUGCUUCCGUGUUAGAUGAUGGCAGUCCGCCUCUCGCUCACGUCCCCGUUCUAAACGUUACCCCAGUACCCGGUGACGCUGCCCCUUCAAACGAAAUAAAGCGAGAACGGAAGCGCGUCAGGGCGAAGGCGAAGAAAACAGAACGUCCAUCGCCUAAAUACUGGGCCCCAGAUCCCGCCUGGGGUGGGAAGUGCUUGGGGUAUGCAUUUGGCUACCCCAGUCACUUGAAUAAUGCUUACUCGUACGACUACGACCACGGACCCGGAAAUGGUGGUAGCGCUGCAAACUCGAGGCGAGUCUAUAGGGACACAAUGAAGAAAGCUGUAGCUUCGCCAAUGUCUCCAUGCAUAUAUCUCUUUGGCGUCGAACUGCCCUCAAGAGGCCACAGUCGACCCGACGCGCUGGACGAAGCCCUCUGA